AUGGAGAUGAUGACUCAUUCCUCCACGUUUCUCCUCCCUUCCAUCCCCCCCUCCCGUGGCGACGGAUCCUCGCAGACCUAUGCCCUCGUCAUUCUCAACCAACGCCUCCCUUUCUUCGCGCCCUUCCUGUGGAAUCACGGUACGUCCUGAGCGCAUUCCGAACUCUUAGCAUCUUCCUUCUCAACCCCCACGCGCAGCCGAAAGAUAAACUACGCUCGCGUCGUUCGGUUCGGCUGCGUCUCAUUUUCCCUGUUGUUGGUUUCGAGCGUUUUAAUUUCCUUCUGUUGUGCGCAUGUGUCUCUUUAUAUGGCCGGGGGAUGUUCGUUUAGAGCAGCACAGUUGCGCAUCUGCGCAGAUGGAGGAGCGAACAGGCUCCACGACGAGAUGCCGGCGAUGUUCCCGCACGAAAAUCCUUUCAGUGUCCGGAAAAGGUUAUCUUUCCUGUUCUCCUUUAUCAAAUUUUUUUCCCAAAGUUGUUGGAAAGGCUCUGGCAGAAGAUGUGGUACCACCCAGCUCCGUUGGACCCUGAUUCUCCUGCUUCUGUUCAAGUGCUAUGAUGAAUAGUACACCAUCAACUUGUCAUCUUUAAUUUGGGGCCUCGUCCAGUCCUUUUCCAUGGAUUCUCCUUCACGGUGCUUUGACCUUGUGAUGCUUUUCAUUGAGCCUGCGAAAAGCUCUGGUCUAAUGCUUAGCUUCCUGUCGUAUUAAGAAAAGCAGCCAGGCUGUUUAUUUGGUCCCUUAUUUUUCCGAAAGAAUGAUGAACAUAAGACUUUGGUUUCGUUAAGUUGAAUCCUCUAUCUAACUUUAGCCAUCCACAUAUUAUGCGAAUAAAAUCGGAGAUCUGUUACGAAUUUGGAAAAAUAUCUUCAUAGAUCUGUUCUUCCUCUCAUAGUAUUUUACAGAACGACUCGAGGUUGUCUCGUCAUCCAUCAAGUCCUAAUUAAUUCGGUUUAUGGUACAUAUCUUAUUUCACUAUUCCAUAAUCACUUACGUUUUUCUUGCGAUGGCGAGGAAAUGUGGAAUUUUUUGGUAAAUUCUUCUGUAUAUGUCUACAUUUUCUCCCAUUUCGAAUACUUAGGGGAGUGAAUCCUGGGACCUCACCUUUUUGAAACCUCUGUUCGAACGGUUCUUUGCUUUAAUGGAUACUUACAUGAGUUCUCUUUGCUGGUGUUGAAACAAAAGGAUGCGGGUCCUUUGUAGCAUGCUUCAAUGUGAAUGAGUAUAUGCCAAAGUGGAAGUCAUUAUUUGAUCUUUGAACUAAAGAUCGUCCUAACAAUUUUAUGAUUCAGUUUUGGUUGAGAUUUUUGAUAUAUCGUUUGGUGUUUUUUUGCCUUCUUUUUAACAAUGUAUAAUCCAUUUCAUGGUGACUGUAAUUGCCAAAAGUUAAAUCGUAGUUCUUCAUUUCAGGUACAAACCGGAUGUAAUCAAAGGAGAUAUGGACUCUAUCAGAGAAGAAGUAAAAGAAUUCUACUCCAAUAUGGUACCCGUGCUAAUUUAGCAUCCUUUUAUUUUCCUACAUUUAUUUAUAUAUUUUUUGAGUAGAAAUAUUUAUUAAGUCUAGUAUGGACUAAAACCAAACGUCAAUCCUGAGGUGGCUAGCGCUUCAGAAUGCCUUGUUUGGAGUGAGGAGCCUCUCUGUGCAUUCCCCUAGCACGGUUUAUUAUAGAAGAAUGGAAAGCACCUUCAUUCUUAAGUUGAAAGACUGUAAAAAUGAGAUGCGGUGAUGCCCAAAUAUUUUUACACUUUUGUCUAUCCCAAUAGCAAAAUAUUCUACCAGAGUGCCAAUUUUUAGUCCUAGUAAUCUUCUAAAUAAAAAAAAACACUCUACCACAAAAGAAAGAAGAAGUAAUGGAUUAACCAAUGUAAAAGUGUUGGAAUGUGAACGAAAAAAAUGUUUGAUAUGUGGUAGAAGAUCUCCUGCCCUGGAUUUGAACCUGCAACCAUUUUAGUGGAACUUGAAUGAGCUUUCUUCUUCACGUGCAAGUUUGUGCACGCCUCAAUACAUGACCUGACAUUGCGGGAAGUUGAGACGUCUAACUUUCGUUCUAAUAAUAUAUUAUGCAUCUAACUUAAAACACAUGAGUUUGUGUUCAGAUCCCUGAUAGUUAAACAUCUUAGAUUAAGUCAUAGUUUGUGGAUGAUAAGGAAAAGCUGCAUGCUUGCUUGCUUGCUUUUUACGUCGUCACUUGUUCAUGACCAAUCCUUCAAAUAUACUCUCCUUCUCAUGAAUACGUGGUUUUAUUGGAGACUGAUUUAUUAGGAUGAAUGGUAUUCUACAAUUAUUAUCGAGAGAGAAUUGUGUUCGAUGUGAACGCUGGCUAACAUCUUUUCUAUUUUGUAUUGAGGAAGGUUGGAGUUCUGUUUUACUGGAUCGCUACACUUGUCAAGUGCACUAUUUAGGGGUUUAGUUGCAGAGGACAAUAUAAAUAAAAAUAUAUUUAGUUAGAAGAAAUGUCUCUUUUAUCAACAGUUUAUUCUAUGCUGAGACUGGAUCCUCCUCAUUCGAUAAAUCAGAGAUGAUCUUCAGAAGGCUGUAGGCCGUUUGGGAACAGUGAGUGGAGUCCAAGGUCAAACUUUUAUGAAGGAAAACACGAAUUCUUGAAAAAAAUUGUGAAAUGCACGAUCGCAUUUUUCUCUUUUAGUGCAAACUGUUAGUGUAUAUCCGUUAUUUUUUCUUUUAUUUCUGAUUUUAUUGGAUUACUUAUCAGAUAAUAAAAGAAUUUCUGCCGUGUUGAAUUUCUGAUUUUUAUUAGUAAAAAGACUUGAAUCAUUUUUCAUAGGACGUUCUGGAUUCAGAAUUUAAAUGGACUUCAAUGCCUGUGCAGGGAACCGAGAUAGUCGAUGAAUCACACGAUCAGGACACAACAGAUUUGUAUAAAUGUGUAGCAUUUAUCUGCGACUGGAUACCUGACAUGGACAAGUCUAAUGUAAAGUUUCAUGAUCUUUCUGAGAAUCCAAUAUUUGCAUUUGGUGUCUUCAUUAGAAAAAGUAUUUUCUCUUCUCUUGUAUCGCUAUCAGUUCAACUGAAAAUUUUGGUUUUUCUCCCCUAUCGAAGAUGACUACCUAAUGAUGAUAUUGAGCGUCUGUCCAAUGUCAAAGUUCGCUGUAGGUCAAUCUCUAGUAAAAUUAUUGUUGAAUAUGCAUAUUUGCUUCAAUAAAAAUGAUGAACAUUCAAGUUUCUGUAGUCUUCCAGCCUCAUGAUCCCAAGUUUCAUCUGAGGCAGAGCUGGAAUUAUUUAUUUUCAGAAUGUUGGUAUGUUGGCCAUCGAAGUAACUGCUAGAAGGUAUUUAAUGCACAAAUAAACAGACUCAUGAGAAAACUUCAAAUUAAAGGCACGAAUAAAGUGCCAUGAUUCGGGCAUAUAAUACCAAGAUUGACUUUUCUUCUGCCGCCGCCCGCUGAAUAGGCCCUUACUACUUACUAUCGGUAAGAUUGGAUUCCAGAGUCAUGCAGGUACAGUUACCAUUUGCGUUUGAAUGUUGCAGCUAUGCGUACUUGUUACGGGUGCGCUUGGCGGUAGAUUUGACCAUGAAGUUGGAAACAUCAAUGCUCUCUAUCGAUUCCCAAAGACCCGGAUCAUCCUCAUGUCAGAUGACUGCUUGAUCUACCUCCUUCCGAAGACCCACCGCCACGAGAUCAUCAUACAGUCAUCUGUGGAAGGCCCCCACUGCGGUCUGAUUCCCAUCGGCGCACCGUCUGCUAGCACGACCACCACCGGUCUCCAGUGGGAUCUCAGUGAGUCAAUUCGCCCACCACUGCUCUUUCAUUCAUUCAUUCAUUCAUUUUCUCUCUUGAAAAAAUCUCUUGGUUGGAGCUGCCAUCGGCACUCUCCAUUCCGAUCUGCCGUCACGAUUGGGCAAACGAAGAAAACAGAAAGAAGUGAUUUUUUUUUGUCGUGUGGGAAGGUCUUACUUGCCCUCGGAUUCAUCUAAGAAGGGCUUGUGUUUCCAGCUGACACGGAGAUGCAUUUCGGCGGACUAGUGAGCACCUCCAACAUCGUUCUUGCUGAGAAGAUCGCUGUCCGCUCUGAUUCAGAUCUUCUCUGGACUAUUUCCAUCCGACGACCCCAAUGA